AUGUCAUGGAAUAUCAGAGGAUUAGGGAAAUCUGUGAAGAGGGGAAGGAUUAGGAAGCUCAUUUGUGAUAGGAGGGUUGACUUUGUUCUAUUACAGGAAACUAAGAAAGCCUCUAUUUCAGAAAGUGAAGUUAGAACCUUGUGGGGAAGGAGGAACAUGGAGUUUAUGGCAGUAGAUUCAGAAGGGUUAGCAGGGGGAUUACUCUGUAUUUGGGAUCCAAGUUUAUUUCAAUUGAAGGACUGUUGUUCCAAUAGAAGAUUUGUUCUCCUGUCAGGUACUCUCAUGAACUCUUUUGAUUGUGUUAUACUAAAUGUUUAUGCCCCUAAUGAUGUGAGUGGUAGAGGUAUGCUUUGGGAUACUUUAAUAAAAUUAAAGUCUGACUUUCCAAAUCCAUGGUGCUUGGGGGGGGAUUUCAAUGAGAUCAGAUUUAUUGGGGAAAGGGGGGGCUGCUCUGGAAGGGAAAAGGGGAUGAAGGAACUAAACGCAUUUAUUGAUAAAUGUGAGUUGAAUGAUAUACCAUUGCUUGGUAGGAAGUACACUUGGUGUAAUGCUCAGGAGGGGGAGAAAUGGAGUAGGAUUGACAGGGUCCUGUUAAAUCCUGAGUGGUUGCAAAGAUUUAACUUCAAGCUAUGGGGUCUUCCUAGAACUUGUUCUGAUCACUGCCCACUCUUGUUAAUGGAAGAUGAGAGGGAUUGGGGGCCAAGACCCUUUAGGUUCAUUAAUGCGUGGAUUAUGCACCCAUGUUUCCCCUCUGUUAUGGAAAAAUUCUGGCCUGAAAAAAGGAUUACUGGGAGUGCUGGGUAUAUUCUUCUUCAUAAACUAAAAUUGCUCAAGGGGGAGCUGAAAAAAUGGAACUCUGAAGUUUUUGGGAAUGUAGCUACAAAAUUAAAGGAGGCAGAGGAAGAGCUGCAUGGCAUCGACAUUACUGCAGAAGAUAGAACUUUGUCUGAAUCUGAAAAGAAUAGAAGAAGGGAGGUGACAGGGGAGGUAUGGAAGCUUAGUAGGAUGCUGGAAAGGAUUUGGCAUCAGAAGUCUAGAGUAAACUGGAUCUUGAAUGGGGACAGGAAUACUAAGUUUUUCCAUGUUAUGGCUAGUAGCAAAAGGAAUAGAAAUUCAAUCAAUUCCAUCUCAAUUGAUAGAGUUGUUAUGAAGGAGCCAGUGACUGUACGACUUGCAGUCUUACAACACUUUAGGAGGCAGUUCACUGAAAGCUGGCAAUUAGACCAACUCUGGGAGGCACCUUUAAGUCAGUUGCAGCUAGUGACGCAUUUUCUGACCUGGAAGCUGCUUUCUCUGCAUGUGAAGUAA